UUGAGCCAAGAAAAAACUGAGCCAAAAUUUGUUGUCCAUGCAAAAAACCGGAGGUGGGCCAUUCGAAGAAGUAGAAAUUACGGAGGAUGAUGAAAAAAUAAUUCAGUUGACAUCAAUUCGGAAGGCAGUAUCCGGAUUGAAGUGCCCUUCUUUUGGAGCUCCAAGCCCAUCCACAGCCGCAACAACUCUGUCAGUUGCAUCGGCGUUAGCAUCAGCAGCACCAUCGACAGCCCCAUCUUCCUCGGAUUCAAAAAUAGUCAAAAGUCCACAGCAUUCCCCAGGAAAUGAGCCUGUACAAAACAGGAAAAGAUAUUCAACCCCCUUCGUGGCAGCCAGUACCCCUAAACGCCGAAAACAGAAGGAUACAAACGAGUUACUGAAUGCUCAAAUUGAAAAUGAUUCAAUUUUUCAGGAUAAAUUAUUGAACAUUUUGAGAGAGAGAAAUGAGCAAGAUGCAAUGUUCCAAGCCAGAGUCAUUGAACAACUGGAAAGACGCAACGACAUUGCAGAAAAGCAAUUGCAGAAAGGAUAUUUUUAA